AUGGCCUCCACUCAAUCAACGAAAACUGAAUUUCCCUAUACCUUAACAAUCUCCCUCCCCCUCCCCUCGAACCGCCUUGCAACAUCCGCUCUUCAUGCCAUUGAAGUCGACACCGAACUCUCCCCCUUCGUCCGACGCGACAUGGCGGUAACCGCUCCGAAGGGAAUUCAAGCGGAUACCGAAGAGGCAAAGACUGUACUCGAAACUACAUACUGUGCAACCACCAACCGGAUGCUGCGAGUGGCUGUCAAUGGGUUUAUGGAGAGUCUUGGGGUCGUACUUGGGGUAAUGGAGGAGCUGGAUGUGGAUGUAUUAGAAGCGGAGGGAGUUGAGCAAUGA